CCUGUACACUCUAUCAUAUCGAGGUUGGAAGUUUGCCGACUCUCCCUGGAUUGUGGCCAAUCAGGUACCCCCUCACGUGGUGGCUCCGCCUUCCGCUCGGAUCCCAAGUUUCAUCUCCGAGAAAAAAAGCAGCGGAGACAGUGGGGGGCUACACUGCAGUCACAUGGUUUGCCACCAGUCUAGCUUGGAGCAAGAUAGUCUUCGAUCUGGCACUUUAUAAAGAAGGCACAGCUACAUUGCCAUGCAGAGAACCCCAGUUUACCCAAGCUGAGACUUCAUUACUGCCUGAUUGCUUGAACUUCAGCUCUGCUGGACCUCACAGGUUUUUGUUGGAUAGUUUCAAUACAUUCAGAAGGUGGAGGAGGCAGCACGUGGCCCCCCUCGCCCGCCUCACCGCGCAAUGAAGCUGCAGGCGGUGAUGGAGACGCUUCAGCGCCAGCAGCGGGCGCGGCUGCAGCAGGAACUGGAAGCAAGGCAGCUUCAGCAGGAUUCAGGGGGUGCUCCUACCAAUGGUACUGAAGACACUGAGCCAGAGACCUUAAAAAUGCAACGAGCACAGGCAGCAGCUCUUGCCGCCAUGAGGGCUGCAGCUGCUGGCCUAAGUCAACAGCCAAGUCCAGCUGCCUCAGAGGAAGAAGACGAUGACGAUGGGGAGAGCAUGCCAUCAGAGGAUGAAAGGGAGAGGGAAAAUGAGCAAUAUCAGGACAUGGGCUCAGAGGAGGAUGAACUGAAGGGGAAAUGGGAUGAAGAUGAUUUUGAGGAGGAAGAUGAUUAUGAUGAUAUGGAGGAAGGACUUGAUGUGGGUGAAGCUGGCAGACCGGUUAAAGGGGCAGGCUUGCAGCCUAAGCAUCCUCUUCAACAGACCUUACCUGCACGUCCGUCGGGGGGAGCAGAGCGUCCAGGACUGCCACAAAAUACACAUCCUCCUAUUCAGGACCAUGGGGAUUGGACAUAUGAAGAGCAGUUCAAACAGCUUUAUGAACUGGAUGGCGACCCAAAAAGAAAGGAAUUUUUGGAUGACUUGUUCAGCUUUAUGCAAAAAAGAGGAACACCAGUGAACAGAAUUCCAAUAAUGGCUAAGCAGGUUUUAGAUUUGUACAUGUUGUAUGUUUUGGUGACUGAGAAGGGAGGGCUGGUAGAAGUCAUUAAUAAGAAGCUCUGGCGAGAAAUCACCAAAGGCCUAAAUCUGCCAACAUCUAUCACCAGUGCAGCCUUUACUCUGCGCACUCAAUAUAUGAAGUAUUUAUACCCCUAUGAAUGUGAGAAAAGAGGCCUUAGCAAUCCUAAUGAACUGCAGGCUGCUAUUGAUAGUAACCGCCGAGAAGGACGCAGACAGAGCUUUGGGGGCUCCCUUUUUACAUACUCCCCUAGUGGAGCUCCAAAUAUGCUCUCUUCACCAAAGAUUCAGAUGCCUGGCAUGGCACUAGCAGGAGCUGCCACAAAUGGAAGCAACCUAACUUCCAUGCAGAAGAUAAAGAAAGAAGAGGACUCCCCACUGUCCUUGACAAUGCCAUCACGGAUACCAGUUACAUUGGCUGGACACUCUAUGGUGGCAGCGCAAGUGGCUGCACAGGCAGCUGCACUGGAACAGCUACGAGAAAAGCUUGAGUCUGGGGAGCCCCCUGAGAAAAAGUUGGCACUAGGAACUGAGGAACAACAGCGCUUGGUGCAGAGAGCUAUCCAACAAAACCUCUUGGCAAUGUCCUCACAGUUUCCCAUGAACAUUCGCAUUAACAGCCAAGGUGGAAAGGGGAAAUUUACAGAUGCCUACAGAAAGUGGCCUGAAGGUAGACAGGACUCUGCUGUUAACCUUACUACCAAUGGCAAUAACAGUAUUAGCAUGUCAGUGGAGCUGAAUGGUAUUAUCUAUACCGGGGUCUUGUUUGCACAACCUCCUACCUCAACAUCUGGAAUCAGCAAAGGAAAUGUCACCAGGACUGCAAGUGUGGGAGGUACAAGUAGCACAUCAAUGGCUCCAUCUUCGGCUACCCAGGCUCCCGGUUCCAAUAGUUCUUCACCCUGACAUUUUCCGCCAAAUCCAGUACAGCUGAAGCCAAAAAAAAAAAGAAAAAAAAAUCACUCAAUGUUUCAGACUCAGGUUUAUUACUCCUUGUCUGUGGGAGACUCCGGAAUGCAUUGCUGGGUUCAGAUGGGGUUCAGGUUGAGCCAGUAUAGGGUUAGAAUUAGUAACCCUUUACCCUCUGUGAAAAAAAAACCAUAUACCUCAUUUCUUGCACUGCAACAAUACACAUGUAUAUUUUUUUCUUUCAAAUACCUCAAAAAACAAUAAAAACUAAAAACCUCAUCCCAGAUUUGAUCUCCGGAACCCACAUUCAUUUUAUUUUUUUUUUUAUGGCUAGAAAAUGACAAAAAUCUAUGAAAUUUAAAGAGGGUUUUUGUGUACAUGCCUUUUAUUCUUAAAGGAAGGAUGAAAAUGUAAACUUCUAAAGAAAUCUAUAUAAAUAUAUAUAUACAUAUUGCUGUAUUCCUGGCGCUGGACUUCAAUGGGGCACAGAAUAUCAGCACGAAGGGACGUGCCUGCUGCUCCUUUAUAGGCUUGUGUCUAGUCAUUCCCACCCUUCACACUCUGGAAUGUAAUCAAGAGGAGCAGGGAAUGCAGAUAACUGAAUGUUUUUCUUAUUUGUGUGGUUUU